UUGCUGCUAUAUAUAUUUAAACAUUCAUUGCUGCAACCCCUCAUUAGCUAUCUAUCUUUCAUCAUCAGUUUCUUCGUUCUGCACUCUCUUGGAUCAACAACAAUGGAAGAAGCUACUGCAGUGAAGAAAAGAAUAGAAAUUGGACCAUGGGGUGUUCAUGGAGGCAGUGACUGUGAUGAUGGUAGCAUCGAUGGAAUAAGAGAGAUAAGCCUCGUGUAUGGCCGUUGUAUUGACUCCAUAAAGGUAGUUUACAAUAAAAAUGGCAGGCCUUUUACUGCAGAAAAGAAGCAUGGAGGAAAUGGUGGUGACAAAACUGGGGAGGUAAAGCUACAAUUUCCAGAGGAAUACCUAACCAGUAUUAGUGGCUACUAUGGACCACAACGUGGCAGCCUUGUGAUCCGAUCGCUCACCUUUAAAAGCAACCUGCAGAGGACAUUUGGGCCAUUUGGGUUGGAAGAAGGAACCCCCUUUUCACUGCCUGUGGAAGGGGGUAAGAUUGCUGGGUUGAAGGGGAGAAAUGGGUGGUAUGUAGACUCAAUUGGCUGCUAUAUUGCUUGUACCCAGACGCCUAAAGCCGCCACCAAUAAUCAAAAGGGUAAAAAAACACGCAAGAAACGUGCCACCACUGUGGUUGGCCUGGACAACAGAAUAAAAGCUGCAGCACCAUAACCUAUCUUCCCUGUCCGACACUAAAACCCUGGGUUACACAAAAAAAAAAUCAUCUAUCUUCCCAAUCAAGGCCCUGCAGUCUAUAGUUAGCUAAAAAAUGUAAUGGAAAUUUCAGUAGUAUAUAUGUACUUAAGUUUAUUAGUUAUUGAGAGUUGUUUUAUCAACCAGUACAAAUCCAUAACCUAAUUAUAAGUUCCUUGUAAAAUUCUACAAUGCAAAGAUGCUAUCAAGAGUGUAAGAAAGGGAAGGAGUUUGUAAGGCAUUAAACACAAGUGAAGGCUGCAUCUCCACAUGGAUAUAUGAAAUCUAAAUUCAAUCUCUUUAAAGCUAAGUUACCUAUACUAAAUUGUCUCA